CUUUCAGUUUUUAUUCCUCGCAUCGGCGUCGGGGUUGCAGAUGGAUUAAGGAUUAAGAGCAACGGAGGAAUCCAGCGUUUCCUCUCCGGAUAGAGACUCUGCACACAAAGUGACACAACGUGGGCGGCGCGUCGAAGACCCGAUCUGCAGGCACGGCGCAGCGGCUUCACGCAGGAGUCAGGAUCUGGGUGUGAAGCUGAGCAGACGUGACGGCGUGGUCCUUUCAGUGUUUUGACCUGCGGAACAAAACACGAGUGAAGGCUUAGAGUGGGACUCGGGCUAAGGCUAACCUGCCCUCUGGAGCGCGUCUGACCAAACUGGACCUCACUUCAUUCGGAAAGAGGACGAUGCUGUUUGAUCCAUUUUUAAUUUGUGCGUCUGAACUGUUCCACCUGACGUGCCGCAGAUGAUAAAUUGGGAAUCACCUCUGGCGAAAACAUUUUUGGAAACGCGAUUCGCGUCUCUCGACCUGCGCGUAUUUUCUGGAGACAUUUCCAGCGACGCGUCUUUGGCACAGCAAUAAAUCAAAGACAUGUGCUGCUGUGAAUUUCUUUUGCCAAACUGAACUCAAAGGACAGUGAUCAAGAGCUGGGUAGAUUUUCUUAAUGAAGUGACGAGAAGACAUUUAUGGCUACAUGAGAAUUACGUGAAAAGGUCUGGAGAUGCGGCGCAAAUGCUUUUAUCUGCUCCAGGUGUUUGCCGUUGUGAGCCUCCUCCCCUCGGCCUCCUUAGCAGAUUUGACGUGUGAAGCUCUGCUGGCAGGGAAUGUCUCACUGCAGUCCCUGGUCGCCGCCUGGAACCAAACCUUGAGCAACACCACAAGCCAGUGGAGCGGCUCAGGAAUCUACUGCGAAACCUCCAUCGAUGGCAUUGGUACCUGCUGGCCAAGGAGCAGCGCUGGCCAGAUGGUGUCCCGGCCCUGCCCCAAGAUGUUUUUAGGUGUCAGAUACAACACCACCAAUAACGUCUACAGGAAAUGUCUUGAAAAUGGGACGUGGGCACUGAAGGGGAACUACUCCAUGUGUAAGGCCAUACUUGAGGAGGAGAAAAAAGGCAAGAUGCAUUACCAGAUCGCUGUCAUCAUAAACUUCCUGGGUCAUUGCAUCUCCAUGGUGGCUCUGCUCAUCGCCUUCUUCCUCUUCUUGUGCUUGAGGAGUAUCCGAUGUCUAAGAAACAUCAUCCACUGGAACCUAAUCACUGCCUUCAUCUUGAGAAACGCCACCUGGUUCGUCGUCCAGCUGACCAUGAGCUCAGAGGUGCACGAAAGUAACGUGCUUUGGUGUCGACUUGUCACUGCCUCAUUCAACUAUUUCCACUCCACCAACUUUUUUUGGAUGUUUGGAGAAGGCUGCUACCUUCACACUGCGAUCGUCCUCACAUACUCCACUGACAAGCUCCGCAAGUGGAUGUUCAUCUGCAUCGGCUGGUGUAUACCUUUCCCUAUAAUCGUGGCGUGGGCCAUCGGGAAGCUGUACUACGACAACGAGAAGUGCUGGUUUGGGAAACGACCUGGUGUGUACACUGACUACAUCUACCAAGGUCCCAUGAUCCUUGUGCUGGUGAUCAAUUUCAUCUUCCUCUUCAACAUAGUAAGAAUCCUGAUGACCAAACUGCGAGCCUCUACAACAUCCGAGACGAUCCAGUACAGGAAAGCUGUGAAAGCAACGCUGGUACUCCUUCCCCUCCUGGGAAUCACCUACAUGCUGUUUUUUGUCAACCCAGGGAAGGAUGAAAUUUCUCAAAUGGUCUUCAUAUAUUUCAACUCGUUUUUGGUGUCCUUCCAGGGCUUCUUCGUGUCAGUGUUUUACUGCUUCCUAAACAGUGAGGUCCGCUCAGCAGUACGGAAGCGGUUCCACCGGUGGCAGGAGCAACACUCGAUCCGGGCCAGGAUGACCCAGGCUAUGUCCAUCCCAACUUCACCUUCACGUGUCAGCUUUCACAGCAUCAAGCAGUCCACAUCGAUAUGAAACAAGAAACCAGCUUUACCCUGCAUACCGGGACAAAACCUCCAGCUGUCAUUGUCAUCAUUUCCCUCCACCUCAGCGAAGUACACUAAAAAACCUCUCUGAGCUGGGACAAAGAGACACCGCAUCAGUCUCCUAAACCUCAGGGGAGACAUUAAACAGACUUUCUGGAGAAAAUGGAUGGUGACUUGGGGGAAAGGACAUUGCAGACUUUGCAUUAAUAAAGGUUAGUAGAUCAAAAGAUCAGGGAGCUGAUCUGUAUGACCUGAAGUUUCAGUGAGAAUGUACAGCACUUCAUUUGGUUUAAUAUCGACUUGCUGUAAAAGAAAAAAGCGUCUGGUUUAUUCCUGCCUGCACAAUUUAAUUUAGCAAUCAUCAUCCCAUAAAUCUUGUGGCACUUAUUGGGAGUCAGUCCCAGGGGACUUGGCGUCCUAAAGGCAGAGACAAAGUUGUUAAAUAUUCAGAAAAAAAUAUAUAUGUUUGUUUUUACAGUGAUUCCUUGUUAUUUUUAAGUUUUCUAUGUUGUAUUGUCAUCCUUGGUUCUCAGUUCGGUGCAGUUGUGCUUCGUCCAUCAACUUUCCAGGAAGGUUGAAUACAUUCCAUUCUUCUACCUGAAGAGUUUUGUUCCAUAGUGAUCAUUUAAUGCUGUUUAGAGAUCAUUUUAUUAUAAAACAGCUUUUUUAUUUUUACAACAAGCUAUCAACAAGUUUAAAAAAAACUGUUAUAUGUUUGGGGGUUUUUUUGAGAGGAAGAGCUUAUGAGAAAAAAAUCAGAAAGCUACUGAAGGAACAGUUUCUCUGGAUACUUCUGAUGACAUUUAUCAAAAAGCAAAAUUAAAUCACAAAAGUGGUGGUGAUUAGAAGGUUUCAGGGGAACUGUGUUUCAAAGGUUGAUGAGGUUGUACUUUAAUGGUAAGGUUGAAUCCUCAUGUGAAAAGACACAGAGCUAAUAAUGGAAGACAGUAUCACAUUAGUGCAGUCCUUUAACUUUGAGAGAUGCUUUUUCUUGAUUAUUUGCCCCCCAAAUUUUGCUAAGUAAUACUAAUCUCUUCCCUCUUUCUGAUACAGACUACAUUAGUUCAAGAAGUGCUUGCCCUGUUAGUAUGGCCAAAUUUCUAACUGGUGUAUGUUCUUGUAUAUUGAUUUGACCACAAAUCAAAAAGUUGAAGGUUUUGAUUUGGACUAAUUUUCAUUAGACGAUACACGUGUUAUCUUUUUAUUGUUAAUAUAAUCAUUUAAUUCAAGAUCAAAGCAAAAAUACUUAUCUGACAAGGAGAUUAAAGGUUGUCACAACUCAAACCAUUAAAGCAUCUUCAGAGUUGUCCUGGUAAUUAUGAAAAGGUCUUCAGUAGCAGUCAGUCUUGCAACAUAUCUGAAAAGGCCUCUGACUGAAGAUAGCUGAUGUAUAACAUUCCUGUUAGUCAUGACAUGCUAAUAGCUCAUUGCCAGACAGCAGAAAUAAUAUUCCACAAUAACAUGUCCAGGGCGACACCAUCAGUUGUUGGCAAGCUCUAAUUAGCUGAGAAAAAUCUAUCUAUCAUAUUCAGUUUUGAUUGUCAGAAUAAAAAAACAUUUGUUUUAUCUGGACGACUGACUCUCUUUCAGUUAUCAGUAACAAGCUGACAAACUGUAUGCACCCUUUUCCAAACAUGCCUAUCACAUUUGGGUCUUGUCUACUUUAACAAUACAGUGUUCAAUCAAUACUUCCUCCCAUCCCGGUUUUUGGCUUUUGACACUUCCUAUGUUUUACUGUUAUAGCGUUUCAAUGUUGGUUAAACAACCAAAACUCUCAAUGUGCUUUCCAAUUCCAAACAAACUUUUUGGUCCAUACACUCCUUUUUCCAAGCAGCUGAACUUCCAGUUCAAGCCUGGAAGCAGCUAAAAAAAUUUAGUUUUCGUCUCACAUUGUCUAUUAUUUCAUUGUAUAGUUGUUAUGGGCUCUGGGUGAAUCCAUUCCGUUUUGACUUCAAAGCCAUCUGUAAACAUUUUGUCAGGUCCUACUUCCAUUUUUUGCCCUCAACAAAACAGUUUGUUAUUGAAGUAUGACAGUGCCCUUAAGUAGUUUUGUGUUUGAAAUAUGGAGAUAAUCCAAAAAAUAUUUAUAUUUGAGCUAUAAUAUCAGGAGGUGUAGGAUACUUUACAUUAUUCUACACCUGUGUUUAUUGUGUUUGAGCUAGCUGGUGAGAACCUGGGGACUUUUUUAUUUUUAUUUGGAAUUGGAAUUUAUUUUAGAACUGAUUUUCUUUAAAUGUAUUUUUCAUGAUCUACUCUUGUUUUGCUGUUAGAAAAUGUGUUUAUGUGAGUAGUGCUGUAAUUUUUCAUAUAAGAAUCAAAAUUCCAUCAGGAAUUAGAACCACAGUCAAUGAAAAUAGGGUGAACAAUUCAAAGUAUUCAGAAAAUUGUAUUUAACUUAUCAUUACCUAUCUUCAUAAGUCAAGAAAUAUAGAGAAAUAUACAGAUGGUUAAUUAAAUGGGUACAAAAUGAUUUAAGGUGCCAAAAUGGAAGUAGAGGACAAAAUGGUAAUGUGUUGGUAUGAACUAUGGACAAAUUGACUCAGAGCCAAAACUAUGACAAAAAACAAAAUACCAAUGACGAACUUCCUGAUGGUUAUUAAUAUUAGCAUAUCAUAAUCAAGUUUGUAUGCAUUGGAAAAUAAGCUAUUAAACUGUCAACCUGAUAAUGAAAUUCUACUAUCUCAGAAAGCUACUCCUGUUUGGACCCUAAAAGUCAAGUAUGAAGAGAAACACGACAAAUAUUAGAAAUGAGGAAGGGGGUGAAAUUACCAUCACGGUUUGUCAAAAAAGCUGACCAAUAAUGAUUUGCUACACUGUUAGUUACUUGUGGCAUUGUAACUUAAGAUCUUUAAAUGCCGUCUGAAUUUUUUAAGAAAAUUAUCUCCAGCGGGUGACCUUAAUAAAGAGAAAAGCCUCCGGAUGCAUUUUUAAAUAUAAAUAGUUGAUCAAAUUGUCUGAUUGAUUUUACACUAUAUUCGCUUAAACUGAUCAAAACAUUUUCACAAAGACAUAUUCAUACCCAAAUACCCAGCAGACAGACAAACCCUUAGCAGUCAGCGAAUAAGAUGUUGUGCUAGUACAACUUGCCUGUGAAUCUUUACAAAUAGACAGAAAAUAAAGCUGUAUAUAAUGAAUAAAAACACUCAAAGCUUUGUAAAUAAGAUGUGCAUAGCUUGUGUCACUUUAUCCAAGUGUCAUUGUUUAAUUUAUUCAUUUUUUUCAAGAAAAAACAUUAAAAAUGUUGAGGACUGCUUCUACACUCAGGGUCACAUUUUAACUUUUUAACCAAUUGAAAUCCAUCACUCAAACAUCACAGAUUACCAUAUCUGUGAAGUAAUUGGCUGCAAGGGAUCAUGCUACUGGAGCUGACCAAUCAGAGCAAGAAGGGAUAGAAGGGAUUGAUUUCCAUAGCCAACAGGGAGCAAUUGUAUUUGUGUUAGUAAGAUGUUUUAUUGAAACUGUUUUGUCCACCUGAUGAAUGUAGAAAUGUAGUAUUUAGUUAACAAUAAAUAAAUAAUGUAAAUCAACUAUAAAUGUAUAUAUACAUGUAUAGAUAUAUAAAUAUAAGAUAUAUUUGGAUAUAAUUUUAAGAUUAGCACAUUGAUAUACAGUAUAACGUGAUUUUUUUUACAGAGAAUCGUAUAUGCUUGGUUUCUUUUGACAAAACGUCUGGAGUAUUUCUGGUAUUUGGCUCUUACCUCUUGGUUGAAAUACAGUCAUUGUAAAAAAAAAAAAAGUGCACCCUUUUAGUAAUUUUAAGUCUUACUCAUAAAAAAAGAAGCAAAAUCUAGUUUUUCCAAAGUUCAGAAAUGGAUGGAAACAUUAUUUCAAAAACAAAAAGAACACUUACUGCUUCCAUAGGACUUAAUUGGGAAAGUAGAAGCAACACCCAUCAUUUUACAAAUAUUGAUGUAUGUUGAUUUUCUAAAAAUACAAGAACUCAUUCAAAAUGUUAAGUCCAAGUUAAAAUGUUAAGGAUAGCAGAGCAUGUAGAAAAGAGUGAACAAGUACACCUUGAAAAACUGCAGGAGAAGAACCAACCACAUCUUUCUGAAACAGUAUAGCAGCACAGACUAAGCUUGUAAAGUUGCAUCUGAACAAACCACAAGAUAUCCGGAACGAUGUGAUUUGGACAGAUGAGACCAAAGUAAAGAUAUUUGACCAAUAGCAAAUGUUUGAGGGAAACCAAAUGCCACAUAUCAUUACAAACCUCUCACGUCAACUUCCAAGCCCAUUGGUGGUGGGGUGAUGAUUCAGGUUUUCUUUGCAGCCACACUCACUAAGUUAACCACGAAUUUCUCUUUACUAAAAUUUGAGAGUCAAAUCAAAUGGAGCAAUCCAGUGAUGAUGAAGGUGGUACUUUCAUUCACAACUAUCUGAGACACUAAUAAAGUCAUACAGAAAACAUCUAUUUUGUUGCUGAAAGUGGUUCUGAACACUCUUGAAAUGUAUGGUGUAUCUAGUUUUUCACCACAACUUCCCAAUUUUGGCUUAUUAGUUUAUAAAUGUCAGAUGUAGAAUCAAAAAGAGUGUUUUUGUACACUUGUACAUAGAUUUGGACUCUGACAUUUCAUUGU